AUGAUAAAUCGUCAUUUUAUCACGUUUCUCGCUUUCUUGCUUACCAUAGUCUCGGGUGAGUGUUUCUUUUUUAUGAAAUAUUUCAUCUUUGAAGAGCAUUUAGGAAAAAGUGUGUCUUAGAAAUUUUUUUUGAAAAAUUCGUAUUAAAGAUCUCCGUUUUAAUCAGCUGAGUAGGGAAAAAGUUCCACAAUUGCGAAUCGCUGAUUCGCUAAAUGAUGCUUCAAAAUUCUGAUUUCUCAAUGAUUUAAUGACAAAAAUUAUAGGUGAAGAAACUUUGUGUUUAGCGGAAAGUAAAGAAAGCAACAGCGGCGCCAAACAACGUCACUUACCUGAAAGUGCCUCUGUGUUUUUUGAAAACUUCAGCCCACUUAGUUCCAACUCGCUCUCUUUGUAAAAUAAAUCGGUGAACUCUCCUGGAGUUGAAUCCCUAAAAAGCAUAUCCAAGUUCACAAAGAAAUAGAAAAAAGUCUGUUUUUUACUUUCUCUUUAAAAUGUGAAAUUAGGAAUUUUACGUUACUCCUAGUCCUGCAGAAACGUAAAAGAAAUGUACCAAAAAAUGUGAUUCACGAGGAGGGUUGUUAUUUGCUCAUUUAACCAUUGCUUUUUUGAACUUCUUAUUCCCGUCGUCGCCAUGACUUUCUAGUCCCUAUUGCUGAACGGAGUGAUUCAUGAUUUUAAAAAUAUUUUUAGCUUAUAAAAGGUCCUAUAAAAGAACUAAGAAGGUCGAGCGUUCGAAAAAAGUUAACGACUUCGGAGCAAUAAGGAAUCAUCUCGUGUUAUAUGACCUCAAGUGUGCGAAAAUUGCAAAACAUGAAAUCUAUUCAAUUCGCUUAUUUCGCCAUUCACAAUACAGUACUUGUAAGGAUACAUUUAGCAGGAGAUCUUAGCAAGUCCUAAUGGGCAUUUCUGAGAAGAUCCCCAAUGUAAAAAGAAAGUAUACAUAUGCUAUUUUCAAAAUAUGUGAUGGCUAACAUGAACAUAUAAUAUUAAUUAUAAUAAUCUCGGUUAAUGAGUCUUAAGCAUAUUAUUUUAAAGAGAAUUUCUACAGAUGACUGACUCAUGAUAUUAGCGGCUGUUGCUCUGUCAAGGCUUGUCUCCGAUCGUUUCCUUUUCCAAAAUAUUUCAGCUGAUACAAUCAUACUCACUAUCGCUUUAAUAAGUAGGGGCUAUAACUAUUUCAUAGUUAAAAAGCCGGUUCUUAAGUUAUGUAGUACGUUACUAUAAUUUCCUGUGUUGUAAAGAAGAAGGGCCAGUGACCAGGUGACAGUUGGACUUGUACUCCUUAACAUGGACAAUUCGGUUGGGACUAGACAGCAACUAAAAUCCACCUCAGGAAAGAUUCAUGUUAGCCACAACCGUGCACUAGAGUUUGCUUUUAAGCAGACAGUGAGGAUGUCUGCCGCGGCCUGGGAGGCGAAUGUAUAGAACCAAGCAAAAAACAUUCAUUUAAGGUGGCUCCGUGAUUAAAACAAGAGCAUUUAGCUGUGACAAAUGUUCCGUCAUAACUUUUUCGAUUUUAACGCGAUGGCUGCGAAACUUUGCAAAGAACAACAGAUAUCAUUCGGCAAUAGUAUGAAAUAUUCCGAUUUCAUUGAUGGUAAAUAGUUCUUGAGAAAUUAGCGCUUAAAAGGACCCUACUGUUCAAAGAAAAUCGCGUCUAGUAAAAUAUUUUGCUGAUAUUUUUUACUGAAAUUUCUGGUAUCGGCUUUAAUUGAUAUAAUAAAUAUGCCAGAGGAAUUUCAGAAAAAUCGUUGGAGCAGAAGUCCGUAACUAAAAAAGUCGCUCAAAAUUCAGCUGUGAUUUCAAAGAUAAAUUACUAUCAGGAAGAAGGAGACACUAGUUUCAAUUUUCGGGACAAGUAAAUUCAAUGUUUGCUAAUUCUGAAAACAGAAGCCGAUUGCCUAUCGUGCUAUUCUUUAAAAGGUACUUUUCAGUUUUAGAAGCACUAUAAAUUGCUCCAAACCUUGCUCUGACGUCGAAUGGCUUGCCGGUUCCUCGACGUUUUUAAAAUAUCCCUUGGCAGUUUUGGUUCAAACUCUUGCUACAAACAUUUUGAUGUAUUGCAAGGCAUCCUCAUCAACGGCUUUUCCUGCUGUACGUUGUUUCCAAUUCAGGAAAAAGGUAUUGGGAUUGUACCUUGUAUCGAAGCUCAGAUAGAACUGUCCAGCAACUUUGUUUAUGACAAGAAAAUGAGCACGAGCGGCAGCUCUGUGAGGAAUUCGCGCCUCAGCCAGGAGGGACGAAUGAGCGACUUUUAGUUGUACGGACUUCUGCUCCAACGAUUUUUCUGAAAUUCCUCUGGCAUAUUUAUUAUAUCAAUUAAAGCUGAUACCAGAAAUUUCAGUCAAAAAUAUCAGCAAGUUUUUUUACCAGACGCGAUUUUCUUUGAACAGUAGGGUCCUUUUAAGCGCUAAUUUCUCAAGAACUGUUUACCAUCAAUGAAAUCGGAAUAUUUCGUACCAUUGCCGAAUGAUAUCUGUUGUUCUUUGCAAAGUUUCGCAGCCAUCGCGUUAAAAACGAAAAAGUUAUGACGAAAACUUUGUCACAGCAAAAUGCUCUAGUAUUAAUUACGGAGCCACCGUUAAGUAGCACAAAAACGAUUUUUCCUGAAACGCCUACAACAGAUAAUCGCCGGGUGCUAAAAUCGUAACAGGAGUUUUGUCUCCUUUAUUGGCUCAUCACUGUACAAUUAAUAUCAGAUUGUGCAUUUGGUCUUUGGCGGUAUACAUGGGCAGGAAACGUACUGCAAGCUCUGCUGAGCUUUUCAGAGGAGAUCUCUCAAUUGAUAAAAUUACUAACACACGGUGGGGCUAAAACAACAUAUUAAGUUCUAGCUCCCCUUAAAAAGGUAGAAAUAUUUUGGUGGAGUUUCAGUCACAGUCUUACUAUGUGUACCGGGUAUUAUUUCCUCUCAGCAGUGCAUAGUCUUACCAGGUGUCCUGCCAAAGGACUCCUCAGAUCCUACUACUGCCCUCGAUCGUAUGACUCCCCGGAUCAGACACGAUGUUGUUCUUGGUAUGGUGCUCCUUCUUGCUGCCUUCCAGGAGGUUUGUCUUGCAGUGAGCAGCAGGGCGGCCAUGUCCGUGAUUAUUGCCCGGGUCCAUAUGAUGACAAGGAUAAUCAAGUGUGUUGUAUCAAAAACGAUAAGGCAAAAUGCUGCCGAGUAUUUCUAAGGUAAAUUCCAUUGAUACCACUCAAGACCAUAAUUAAAUUAUGAUUACGACACUACUUAGUUGUUAAAUGAGUUACAAAUGGUAGACAAUUGCGACAAAAUUUAUUGUUUCCAUGAACAGAAACGAAAUAUCCGUUCCAAUAUUUCAAAGGUGUCUGUUGGUGAAGAGACAAGCUGUUAAAUUAUUCUCAUUUUUAUAUUACCAAGUUCCACCAACAACGAUACUUACGGCUCAUUCCACAUACAGCCCACAAUCCUUUGUUGCGCUCUGACGAAGGAUGAGGGCCUAAAAAGAUCGAAUCUCUUUCUUUUGAAGUUAAGUCGGGAAACCGCCUUUUAGAAAAUUAAUUUCGUAAAGGUGGAGGAUAUUUACAUACACUGUUCUGUAUCUCGCUUUUCAGGUUUUUUUCCAAUAGAAGAAGAAAACCAGCGAAGAAAUUGUCUCUCUAAAAUUUCUAAAAGGCUCUUGGUCAAGUCUAUCUGAUCAGCACAGUUUGAUCUCAUUUUGUUGCCAUUCAUGACAGCAAAAAUUAUUUUCACCAUUCUAGUUUUCGUUUCUUUUUCUUUUUAUAGUAAUGAAGCUAAAGCUGGAAUAAUCUCUGCUGUAUCAAUCCUACUUACUCUUGCGAUGGCCAUUUACUUAUGCUGCUGCUGGUCCAAAUGUCCGCUGGCUCAACGCAGAAAGAGGCGGCAAAUGCAAACGGCUGAUACAUCUUACGCUGGGUCACAAAUACAUCUACCACAAUCAUCCCAAGGAGACGACAAGAAUGCCGAUGGACUACUUUAGAAAAUACCAUAACAUACCAUAAUGCUCUUUGUUUGUCACCCC